CCUAUUUCCGGUAGGAUCGACGGACGCGUCCGCCGAGGGUUUGUGGGGCAGGCGUUGUCUACUCGAGUUUUUACAGGCGUGAGCAGACAUGGCGGCGGCUUUUCGGAAGGCGGCUAAAUCCCGGCAGCGGGAACAUCGAGAGCGAAGCCAGCCUGGCUUUCGAAAACAUCUGGGCCUGUUGGAGAAAAAGAAAGAUUACAAACUUCGUGCAGAUGACUACCGAAAAAAGCAGGAAUACCUCAGAGCUCUCCGGAAGAAGGCUCUUGAAAAAAAUCCAGAUGAAUUCUACUACAAAAUGACUCGGGUUAAACUCCAGGAUGGAGUUCACGUUAUUAAGGAGACAAAAGAGGAAGUAACUCCAGAACAACUGAAACUGAUGAGGACCCAGGAUGUCAAAUACAUAGAAAUGAAAAGGGUUGCAGAAGCUAAGAAAAUUGAAAGACUAAAAUCAGAGCUCCAUCUGCUGGAUUUCCAGGGGAAGCAGCAGAAUAAGCAUGUGUUUUUUUUUGACACUAAAAAGGAAGUUGAGCAGUUUGAUGUUGCCACUCACCUGCAAACAGCCCCGGAACUUGUUGACAGAGUCUUUAACAGACCAACAAUAGAGACUUUGCAGAAGGAGAAAGUGAAGGGGGUUACCCAGCAGACUCGACUGAAGCGGAUAGCUAAAGAAAGACAAAAGCAGUAUAACUGCCUGACACAGCGGAUUGAACGUGAGAAGAAAUUGUUUGUUAUUGCACAGAAAAUUCAAACACGAAAAGAUCUUCUGGAUAAAACUCAGAAGGUGAAGGUGAAGAGACAAACCGUGAACUCUCCAGCUAUUUACAAAUUCCAGUGUCGUCGAAAACGUUGAAGUGGCGUAGAUAAGCUUUGUCAUUCCACAUGGAAAAUAAUUGUUUUUCCUGACUUCGCAUUCCAUUAGUCUGAAUGACAUGGUUUUUCCUGUUUGUGACUUUCAUUUAUUACAGAUCUGGCAUUUGAUAUUUUUCUGCGAACAACAUUUAAACGCUUUCCCUUGUCUUACUUUUUUUGGGGUAUGAAAUCAUGCCCCAAUAUAUUUUUAUAUACC